CAAACAAACAAAAACACAAAGAUGAGCCUUCUACAUUUUAGCCAUGAGCAUCCACUGGUGUCUAUUGAAAGCCAUAGCCACGAAAUUGAAAAGGUGUAUUGCUCAGGAUGUGGGGAAUUAGUGUCAGGUUCGAGCUUUGGUUGUGUGAAGUGUGGGUUUUACCUACACAGGCAGUGUACUGAGGCACCUGCUGAGAUGAAUCACCCUUUCCAUCGCAACCACAACCUUAAUCUUCUUACAAGGAAUCCAUACGGGGGUAGAUGUAUCUGCGAUUUCUGCGGAAAAACCUGUGAGAAUUUUGUUUAUCAUUGUUCUUGCAAUUUAGACUUUCAUAUCAAAUGUGCAUUAUUUUCUCAUAGCAUUGGUGAGAAAAGAAAUGCAGAGUUUCAAGACAUUCCCCGUAUAGAUCCAUCGAUCAAGACAGGAAAUGUUACUGAAGAACUCAAAAAAGCUGAAUGUUUUGCUUGUUGGAAACCAUUAUUAGAUUCUGUAUACUUUUCUCCUAAUUAUGGCUUUUACCUACAUGCAAAAUGUGUUGAUCUACCAGCAGAAAUCAAUCAUCUUUUCCACCAAGAACAUCCUCUCUUUUUACAAUUCAACAGUCAAAGGCUGUUUUGCAAGAUUGGUCAAAAACCCCAACGUCGGGGAUUUGUUUAUUGUUGUUCACCAUGCAAAUUUGUUCUUCAUAUCCAAUGUGCCACAAUACCUACCAAAAUCAAUCAGCCUUUCCAUCGCAAACAUCCUCUUAUUCUUCAAAAUGUCAAUGAAUGUCUUCCUUGCCAAAUAUGCCAAGAUACCACCGAACUUAAUGAUAUCGUGUAUUUUUGUUCAAUUUGCAAGUUUGUUCUUCACGGUUGUUGUGUGUCAUCCCCACAUAUCAUAGAAGAUAAACUUCAUCAUGAGCAUCCAUUCAUCUUAUUUCAGAGACAAGUCUCAUUUUGUGAUGCUUGUGGCACUAUAGGGAAUUAUGUUCCUUAUAUUUGUUCUACAUGCAAUCUUGCGGUCCAUAAAAAAUGCAUUUCAGUGCCACGUAUCAUCAAAUUCUAUCGGCACCAGCACAACAUUUCCCACACAUAUUUCAUUGAACAACGUGAACAUGAAACUUGGGAAUGUAGAUUUUGCUUCGAGGAGGUGAACACUGAGCAUGGAAGUUACUUUUGUUCUAAAUGCAAUUUCAUUGUCCAUGUAAAUUGUGCAACAAAAAACCCUCUUCACUAUUAUGAGGUUGACUCAAUAGAAACGAUGGACUCAGAGGAACCUGUUGAUUUGAGAGAAAUUGUGACAGCCACGUGGAUUAAACAUUCAUGGCAUCAACAUAUCUUAACAUUGAGUGGAGACAUCCAAGAUUUUAAACAAUGUGACGGUUGCCUUCUACCCAUCGUUACUUCUUAUUAUUGUUGCUCACAGUGUGACUUCUUUCUCCACAAAAUUUGUGCUGAAUUACCUGUAAAGAAGCAUUUUUGGUUUCACUAUUGCCAAAGGCUUCUUAAACUUACUUCUGGUUGCAUUUUUCAAUGUGAUAUUUGCGGCUAUUUAACUAGCGGCUUCGCCUAUAUCUGUGAUAAAUGCGAAGGGAGGUUAUGUUUGCGAUGUUCUUUGGUUUCUGAUAUGUCCAGAUCCCAAGGACAUGAACAUCGCAUCUAUCCAUUUCUUAGCGAGCAUGCAGAUCAGGUGUGCAGUGCUUGUGAUAAGUCUACGUAUUUCACAUUCAAAUGUAAGCAUUGCAGUUUUAAUUUGCAUCUCAACUGUCUUACAUUGCCGCUUACAGCUCAACACAGAUCUGAGGUACAUCCUUUCACACUUACUUAUCAUGAUGAUAAUGAUAAUUAUUCAGAAAGUCAUUAUUGCGAUAUUUGUGAGAAAGAAAGGAACCCAAAACACUGGUUGUACCAUUGUUCAGCUUGUAACACUUCAGCUCAUACCAAAUGUGUUCUCGGAGAAUACUCAUUUAUCAAGUCUGGGACCAUUUACACAGAUCAUCCACAUCCUCUCACUUGUGUCAAAAGAGUUCAAUAUUAUCCAGAAUGCCAAAUCUGUGGUAAGCUUUGCCUUGAUCUGUCCCUUGAAUGUAAGACAAUUGGAUGCAGUUAUAUUGUUCAUUGGGAGUGUAAACGAGGCAAAAGGGGUUUGCAUAUAGCACAAUAAAUGUUGCUAUGGUUGGUUGUUUUAGAACUAUAUUUCAAUUAUUCUCUAUAAUUAUGGCGUGUCAUUGUUUGAAUUAUUAUUUAGAAUAUCAAUGGUUCUGGCUUGAUCUAUAUAUGUAUACUAUAGUAUGUAACUUGCAUUCGAUUUAUGAUAUUUCUUACACAUAUAUAUUUGAAGAUUCCAGGCUUCUCUAUUUUUCAGAUCAACGAAUUGAUUUGCGAUCAUCUGAAUUGAUUUCUGCCACGUACGAAAUGUACGUAUAUUGAACAACAUCAACAUUAACAAUAUCUUGUUUUUGGUCUUUCAAUUCUCUAUGUUUUGAGAAACCAAGAAAAACACCUACAA